UGACAGUGACAAUCAAAGAACAUUACAAAUACAAACAUUUCACCUCUACAAACAGAACAAGAUGAUUUUAUUAUCAAAUUAAACAACCUGCAUGAGUUGCCAGCAUAUUCUACGGCUUGAAAACUCUGCAGUAAUAACAAUAAAUCUAAAAUAUGCGAAAAUAUAUAAGGUAUAAAAGACUACUCUAUAAUUAGAAAAUCAAUAGAAAGCGUGUUAACUCGUUGCUAUGAAUUCUAAAAACAAAUUGACUAAAAAGGCUGGAUUCGCCAGUUUCGUUCUUCCACGCAAGCCCUCAAAUAAAGUAGGAAUAUCUAUAACGAGAAGUCAGAGUGCAAAAGAACCACAUAUGGACCACAUCAUUAUUUCAGAAGUAACAAAUGAUUUAGCAAUAUCAAGAAGACCAUUAAGUUUUGAUAGAAAAAGAAAUAAAAUGCCAGGGAACAAUACUUUAGGAAUAACUAAUUUGGACAGGCACAACAGUUUAUCUGAUAGUAACAUAUGUGCUGCUGAAUACUCAGACAAUUCUCAAGAUGAUCAAAUAAAAGAAAAAUCAAUUUCACAUGAACAUUUAUUAGAAUCCAAAGGACUGAACACCCAUUAUCUUAUUCCGAUAAGUAAAGCUAGACAAAGAAAUUUUUUACAGGGUAGAAUUGGUGCAAAUUCACUACUUGGUCCAAAUGAACUUGACAGAAUGUGUCCAAAUAGGGAAAUUACUAUAUUUGUAGGUACAUGGAAUAUGAAUGGACAUUCUCCACCUAAAGAACUAAAUGACUUUGUUCUGCCUGUCAGCAUGGAACACGUACCUGACAUUUUGUCUUUUGGUACCCAAGAAUCUAGUUCUGAGAGAUUUGAGUGGGAAGUCAGUUUACAAGAAACAAUUGGACCAUCACAUUUACUUCUUCAUUCUGUAUCUUUAGGUACUCUACAUCUAGCAACAUUUAUAAGACGAGACCUUAUUUGGUACGUAUCUAUACCAGAAGAAUCGAGCUUAUCAGUGAGACCUGGCUCUGCUUUCCGGACGAAAGGCGCCGUAGCAACUUCCUUCAUGAUUUUUGGCACUUCAUUUUUAUUUGUCACGGCACAUCUGACGGCGCAUGAAGAGAAAGUUAAGGAGAGAGUUUCAGACGUGAAAAAAAUUGUCCAUUGUAUGGACCUGCCAAAAGUGCUUCCUUGUAAAAACAAAAGUCAAGAUAUUACUCAGAAUUUUGACUACGUUUUUUGGUUUGGCGAUUUGAAUUUCAGAUUGGCGACGCCUAGAGCAAAAGUUUUAGAAUGGUUGUCAAAAACUAGUUUCCCGUUACCAGCACAUCUACCUCAUGGCUACAUGCAUCACGAUCAACUGUGUUCAGUUUUAUCUGAUGGUGCUGCAUUUCGUGGCUUCCACGAAGCCAAGAUAACCUUUCCGCCCACGUACAAAUAUGAUCCAGGGACGCAAGAAUUCGAUUCUUCUUCAAAAAACCGAACGCCUGCUUACACAGAUAGAAUAUUAUACAAGCAGAAACACAAUCGACGGUUUAGCGGAAUAUCUGAAAAUCCGCCAUUGCAAUGUCUAAUAUAUGACUCGGUUCCAUCAAUUACCACGUCCGAUCACAAACCAGUUUGGGGCGUCUUUAAGGCCCAUUUAAGACCUGGUCUAGACACGAUUCCAUUGUCAGCUGGCCUGUUCAAUAGAGACGUCUACUUGGAGGGUUUGAAAAGACGAGCGACAACACUUAAUAGUAUAAAAGAUAAUGCCACAAUUUGUUCUGUACAGUAAACUAAAUUUUAAAGAGAUAUGUUUCCAACGUUAAUGUUUAGGUACCUAUCAAAAUUCCAUUUUAAAUAAAUGUUAUCUGUUAGUAAAAAUAGUUUUAUUGCUUUACACCUACUAUUGACAUAAUA